GUAAACUCCGUAUGAGUCAGUCUCAGUGAGCUCGAUAGCGAGUUUAGUUAGUUGAACGGUGACAAGCGGUGCAUACGGACGGUCCAGUAUUUUACGGGAGCAAUAUUGUCCUGCCGCGGUGCUUUGCAACACAAUAGGUCAACGUGUGGACAAAGAAAAAAGAUUGCUGCUCGGUUGAUAAGCUGUCAGAAAUCUGACCCAAAACGCAAAAUGUGCAAAUCUUUAGCAGUGUCGAUGGUCAUAGUGUUUCUGGUUUCGAUGUUGACCAGUACCCUCGUACAGGGAGCGCAGUUCGAGAAUUGCGCCGAUGAAAACACAAUUGGGAAUUACAGCUCAGUAGAAGUUUCCAAUUGCAAUGUCAAUGAAGCAGCAUGCAUACUGAAGCGAAAUACAAACGCCACUAUCUCCAUCACAUUCCGGACAGAUGAGGAUCUAACGCAACUUAAAGCCGUGGUUCACGGCAUUAUUUUGGGCAUGGAAGUUCCGUUCAAGCUUCCAAAUGAUAACGGCUGUGUAAACAGUGGUCUCGAAUGUCCCCUGUCGAAAGACACCGAUUACAAAUACACCACCACAUUACCGGUGCUGAAACAAUAUCCUAAGGUUUCUGUCGACGUCAAAUGGGAACUGAAAGACGGUGAUCGGGACGUCGUAUGUGUGAAAAUUCCUGCCAAAAUACAGUAACUUCCAGACCAGACAUAAUCUUAACAGUCAACUGAUUCAAGAAGCCAAAAAAUGACACUUCACGGAACAGAACUAGAGAUACCCGAUAGUAAAUUAAAUUAGAUUAAAUUACUACCCUCAAUGGUCAUUCAAUUUGUUCUGCCAUGAAGAAAAGUGCUUGCAUGAGUAACUUAAUGUUAUCUUUUCUACUACACUUUACUCAUUGCAAAACCGUCGUAGGCAAUGUUCUAUAGGAUGUGCUGACUCAAUUCCGAAUAAAAGACAGCAAAGCCGAUGCCGCGUGACUGGAAAUUGUAUUUUUAA